CCACUCCUUCCCCGCCCACCCGCACUAUACUCCCCUGCCUACCCUUUUCCCUUACUCCUCCGGCGAUCGCCUACCAGAUUCCCACUAUAAACUUCAAUGGCGAUGGCCACUUCCUGUUUGUCUCUUUUUUGACCCAACAGAUGAUUGCUGAGAACUGAGCUCGGAUUAAUGGAUAUCGAGCUGGAAGAGGAAGAAGCAGAGGAGGCAUCCCAUCCCCAAGACCUUCUACAUCGUCUUUCUAGCACGAGAUGCAGCUACGAGCUUCUUCCUAUGAAUUGUAAAGCCGAGGAUGAAGGUGAUACGGAGCUCAGCUUGGGGCUUUCUCUGGGGGGCUGCUUCGCGGUGGAGACGAGGGAGCCACGGCUUGUGCGAUCAUCCUCGACUGCGAUGAUGCCAGUGCUCCAGAACGAGUUCAAUUUCACUUGUUCUUCGGCCACGCUGGCUAGAACAUGCUCACUGCCGGUGGAGGCUGAGGGAGAGCAACUGAAGCGUAAGGAGAUGCAGGAAUUUAAGAGAAUGGAGCUUAAGAGGAAGCAAUUGGAGAAGAAGAGUAGUGCGAGACAAAUGGCGGAGGUUGGAAGUGGGUAUAGAAAGGAUGGAGUUUGGAUUGGUGGGAUAGGAUCCAAAACCUCAAACUCAAGCAGUUCUUCUGCUGCUCCAUCAAUAUCUGGAACUUAUGAAAAGUCACUUACUGCACCUCCAUUACCACCAUUGCUAAGGACCCUCAAAUCUUUUCAAGAAGAUAAUGAAGUAUUGAAGAAGAUGGCUGGAAACUUAAACAGAUCAAAAGUUAUUGGAAGAAACAUAAUGGCUGAAAUGCCUUGUGUUUCAACCACCGGUGGAGGUCCCCGUGGUAGAAGGAUUGAAGGUUUCCUCCAUAACUACACCGGUGGUGAGCUAAGGAUUGUUUGCCUUUGCCAUGGAAGCUGCCACUCUCCGGCAGAGUUUGUCAGGCAUGCCGGUGGGGGUGAAGUGGAAAAUCCUCUCAGGCAUAUUGUUGUGACACGUGUUCCUUCAACUUAUAAUUACUAAUGGUUUGUGAUUGUAUGGAUUCAUUACCCUCUGG